AACAACCACGAGGAUAUUUUAGUAAUUUUAUUCUUUCCUUACCUUACGUUACCUAAUAAACAUACAAACACAAUUUUUUAACUCAUCACCUUACUUCACCUACCUUCAAUUACCUACCAUUACCUACUUAUUAAAACUUUUACCUACUUCCAACCAAACAUAGCCCAACUUUCCAUAGUUCAAUCGCCGCUGCGUCGCACGAUUUCGCCCAGCCCUGCCAGCGCGCCGCCGCCCACCGGACUUUGCAUUUGCGGCUCUGCUUCUUACUUCCAGUCUUCUGUGCCACGCCCCUGCUGCCUCCAGGUUUCCUUAAUUAAUUGUUUUCUUUAAAAUUUACUCUCCUGAUCCUCCUCGUCAGUCAUUAUUCCAUAAUUACCCAGAAAUCUCGUUUGGAGCAUGAACGGAAUCUCUCAAAUUUCGGAUCUGCUCAUCAGGGGAGGCUUGUGAACACAAACACUAUACCGGGUUUUGGAUGAAGAGAUAAAGCCACAUGAGAUUUGUUUCCAUGGCGUGGCGGGAAUUGUUUUCUCUCAACACAAGAAGAUAUGCCAUACCUUCAACUGCCUUAGUAUCAUCCCGUGGAAGCUUUGCUAAGUUUUCUUCCAAAUCUAAUGAGUACUUGGUGAAGGUAGGAAUUCCGGAGUUCUUGAAGGGAGUGGGGAAAGGGGUGGAGACCCACGUGGAAAAGCUUGAGUCUGAGAUUGGAGAUUUUAACAAGCUUCUGGUUACUCGAACGCUUAGGCUCAAGCGUCUUGGUGUUCCCGUAAAGCAUAGGAAGCUAAUAUUGAAGUAUACGCACAAAUACAGACUCGGCCUUUGGAGGCCUGCAGCGGAGCCUGCAAAAACGAAAUGACACUUCUAAAUAUCCGUCCAGUGCGGUAAGUUUCUCCAGCAUAUGUGCUUUGUAAUGCUUUACCCCUUUGCUUUUUUUUGAAUUUGUUGGAGUUUCAUGGUGAAUGGGGAUAUUGAAAAUCCUUGGUGCCGUGCCAUAUUUUGGCUUAAACAAAUUCAUUUCCAUUUUUCACACAAUUUAGAUCAUCGACUGUGUUUUCCUUUCAUGAAGUUAGACAUGAACACAUGCCCAAAAGCUUGUUUUCACAAUUGUGCCCUUCCAAACCGUAUUGGAUUUGGUUAUGAAUCUUAUAAAUCCCUACCACAUUA